GAAGUCAUCAAAAUAGGCAACGGCGGAAGUGGAAGGGCCGCGGCCUGCCUCGGAGGGAGACCGGACGGGACCGGGAGGCGCCGCCGCCGCCGUUGUUACCGCCCAGCGCAGCCCCGCCGAGCCGCCAUGAGUGACCAGCAGCUGGAUUGUGCCUUGGAUUUGAUGAGGCGUCUGCCUCCACAGCAGAUAGAGAAGAAUCUCAGUGACCUCAUUGACUUGGUCCCGAGCCUCUGUGAAGAUCUCCUCUCCUCCGUUGAUCAGCCAUUGAAGAUUGCACGAGAUAAGGUGGUAGGAAAAGACUAUCUAUUGUGUGACUACAACAGAGAUGGAGACUCGUAUAGAUCACCAUGGAGUAACAAAUACGAUCCCCCCCUGGAAGACGGUGCCAUGCCAUCUGCUCGCCUGCGCAAGCUGGAGGUGGAAGCCAACAAUGCCUUUGACCAGUACAGAGACUUGUAUUUUGAAGGUGGAGUCUCCUCUGUCUACCUCUGGGAUCUGGAUCAUGGUUUUGCCGGGGUGAUCCUCAUUAAGAAAGCUGGAGAUGGAUCAAAGAAGAUUAAGGGAUGCUGGGAUUCCAUCCACGUGGUGGAGGUUCAGGAGAAAUCCAGUGGUCGUACUGCUCAUUACAAGCUGACCUCCACAGUGAUGCUGUGGCUGCAGACUAAUAAAACUGGUUCUGGUACCAUGAACCUUGGAGGGAGCCUUACCAGACAGAUGGAGAAAGAUGAGACUGUGAGCGACUCCUCUCCACACAUAGCCAAUAUCGGACGCUUGGUAGAGGACAUGGAAAACAAAAUCAGAAGUACACUGAAUGAGAUUUAUUUUGGAAAAACAAAGGACAUCGUUAAUGGGCUGAGGUCUGUGCAGACUUUUGCAGACAAAUCAAAACAAGAAGCUCUUAAAAACGACCUGGUGGAGGCUUUGAAGAGAAAGCAGCAAAGUUAAAAUACUCUUCAUGCUAACAAGACAUGCCAUGCACUCGUUAGAUUCCUUUCUUAGAAAACUCAUCCCCCCCCCCCCCCUUGCCCUUUUCUGUUACGUCACGUCACAAUUUGCAUUCAGUACUCUCCAUGCAACGCCAUCUUCUCCCCAUGAAUAAAGCAGUACAAACUUU